AUGUCUCUCCAGUAUUCCUCCCUCCGGUCCCUCUCUCACUCUCCUCUUUCGGCUGUGCUCCUCCCUUCUACCGCUGCUGUUCGAUCUUGUUCUCUGCCCUCCUCGCUGCAGGGCUGGGGUCUUGGCUUCUGCGGCGGGAGAAUCCCCGGGGUGGGAGCCGGAUGGACUGGUUGCUCCGGCCGAAAGAUCGGAAAGGUUCUUGCAAUGGCCGACCCCAUACGCAAGAUGAAUUUUAAUGAGUACAUGGUGACACUCGAUAAGCCGCUGGGCAUCCGUUUCGCGCUUUCUGUGGAUGGAAAGAUAUUGGUCCACUCGCUAAAGAAAGGGGUAAUCCAUCACAUUUGCAUUGAUGAGAAAUAACUCGUUCCUCUCGUUCCACUCGCCAAGUCUUCUUUUGUGUGUGUGUGUGUGUAUGCUCUACUUUGACGUUGUAGAGGCAGCCUGUAUCGCAAUUCACCGUGGCAUGCCCCGAACGUGCCUUAAGAUUUUGUAAUCGUAGUGUUACUGCGCAUAGGUCGAUUUUUUUUCGUGCAACUUAAAGGUACCUGGCGUAUAUGUUCGUUUAAUACAACUGCGUUCAAAAAUUUUGGCAAUAAUCAGGAUUCUUGUGAUUCUUCUUGAUUGUAUCUUUCUAUUCGUUCUGUGGUCCUUGCCAGGGCAAUGCGGAAAUGUCAAGAAUAAUCAUGGUGGGAGACACCUUGAAAAAGGCAAGUAAUGUCUCAGGUGGUGGGUUUGUUGAAAUCAAGGACCUCGCUGAUGCACAGUAUGAAAAUUGCCCAACUUUUGCUAAUAUUUUUUUUCAAUAACGUAAAAAGUAUCCUGUUUAAAUUUAUACUUUGCUGAGAUUCCAUUUUUAGUUGAUUUUAUUAUGAUUUUUAUUCUUUAUUUUUGGUUGCGUCAUAUACAGCUGUAUGCAUAGUAUAUUUCAUUCGCUUUAAAUUAUUCUAUGGAAAUAUCUCAGUCAUUCAGUACAUACGGAAAUAUCUCAGGCACAAUGCUUGUUUCCCUUUAUACCAGAUAUUGGAGUCGCUAUUUUCAAGGUUGGGUUGCUUUGUUUUCAGUAGUUAUUCACCUUUUUUAUGGCUGAAUAGGAUUCACAAGAAAAAAUCCGGGAGUUUUUCUGUUGUUAUAACCUCUAAGGAAAAGAUUUCUUCACACCAUCUUAAAAUGGAAAAAGAAAGGAACCCUAGAGACAGAGGAAAAGACAAACCGUCUGGUCCACAGACCUGGAGACUUCGGCUAGUUUAUUAUGCUUAAAAAUAUUCGUUUCAACAAAUUGUUGAAAAUUUUUUUCUAGGCCCUCGUUUUUUCGUGAUUGAUACCUUGUUGCUUUUGAGAGAAGGAACUGGGAACCAGGGUGUGCUGACUAAGUCCAACUCACGGAUGUCAGGUAGGCUUUUGAAGGUUCCAACCCUCAAUCUACAUAAGAUUCUGCCUCUUAUAUACCGUUCUUCAAAGACGACUCAAAAUGGUCUUGUCCAUGACUUAAAUUGGUUAGAGCCAUGCACCAUGAGUCACAACAUGCAGUACACUGUAAGUUAACCUUGCACUUCAAAGUCCUGAUGCAAUACUCAUCAAGAUACCCCACGGACGGUAAUUUAUGAAAAACCAAGUUUCCUUUUCAGUAAAGGUUUGACUCGCCUGUGGUCAUGGGACCAACGUAUUUUCUUGAAGUGUCCAUCUAAUCAACAAUCAGUGUAAUCAUAGUUCCUAGCUUACUAUUCCUGUGGAGUUUUCUUACUUUCUUCAAAACAUGUCCAGGAAAGUACUAAAGGCGACGACUGGAUCUUUUAGCUUGGUGCUUGAAAGACCGUCCUCUCCUUUUCCCAUUCAGCAACUCUGUCUUCUGGGAGACUAUGACAUUAUAUUCAAUAAGGGUCGAGUGCCUAUAACUUCUUGGAAUUCAGCACUGUAUGGAACUGGUAGCCGACCAUUAUCUGAAGGUAAUGGAAAUCCUGGUUUUGUCAUUUUCUCUCCAAAACUCCUGCAACCGCAAGGAUGGGAACUUCUGUCUGGAGAACAACGUGGACUUUCUGAUGUCCAAGAUCCAAACAACUCCGGUUUUGUCUCUAAGCACAAGAGCGAACUUAUUGGUAUAUUUUCUGAGGGAGAGUUUGUAGAUGCUGAAUGGUCCUUUGGGAGUUUCCCACUGGAGGAAUAUUUGAAAGCACUCGAUCGUUCCAAAGGAGAAUUAUAUUACAACCAUUCGCUUGGCAUGCAAUACAGUAAGGUAAAUGCAUAGUGAUGCAUUUUCUCAAGUUUAUAUUAUCAUGCCGUUUUUCAUGAGCAUUUUUAGUAUGUAUAUUUCAAAUAUCAUUUUUUCAUAUAAUGCUCUCCAGUUACUGAAUCGUUAUGAAAUACUUUUGAAUAUUCUUGUUUCUGUUGCGAGUUUUUUUGUGGCUAGCCAUUUUGAUAUUUUGUUCAAAUAUAGACAGUUCGACAAACGUUAUUAAACAAUGAAUCCAAUUCUUCUAUGAUAUUCAAAAAGACCAACUGAUAACUAGCAUCUUUCUGUUAACAAAGGUUGUGCUGGAAUUGACAGCAUGAAGCCAUUCGAUAAAAAAAUUUGAUAUAUUUCUCAUGGUACAAGGCAUUUAUUUUUUUCUGUGUUCAUUUCUUUAUGUCGAUUAAAUUUAAUAUUUUUUUAGUAAUACUGCGGUACAUUCUACUAGCGUGGCGAUUUUUCAUAUUAUUUACCCCAUUUUCGCUCUUUUUGCAGAUAACUGAGCAAAUAUAUAUUGGGUCGUGUAUACAAACUGAAGCUGAUGUGCGAACUUUGGGAAGUGUGGUGGUACGCACAGUUCCCAUAACCUAGUAUGCUUGCAUUCAGAUGUUGGGUAGCUCAUUUUCCAGUUGCCACCGUUUCACUUGUUGCUGUUUCUCUUUUGAGUUAUCUAAUGUUUAAAGUUCCAUCUAGAAACCUCUACUGAAAAAAGGACUUAAGUUAUAGAUAUUCUGGAGUUGAAAGAAGAAUGUUUUUCUUAGACUUAGCAUUGCAGCACCUGUUUAUGCUGGAGUGCAUCUGCAAUAAUGUACUUCUUUCUAUGUGUAAUCCCUAUGAAUGUUGAAAGUAAUUAAUCUAAUAACUUUGUUCAGGUGCUGUCCAAUUAUGCUUGGAAUGUUGUUUCUAAAUAAUCUGAAUGAAUGACCAUCCAUUUUUUUAGCAUAGAACUUUCUGCAAGUGGAGGACGAUAAAAUGUUAUUCAGUGAACAUAAUAAUUCGCAGUUUGGUGAGUAAUUCAUGCAUGAUUUCCCUUAAGGGUAUGGUGCAACAUACAUACCAUUGUUGUCUCAACCUGUAAAAUGACCAGGUAGUGGAGAUCUGGAAAAUCCAAAUAAAAAAAAUGGUCUGUUAUAGCUGGUUGCGAAGCUGAGUGGAUCUUGAAGAAUCGUACUGCAAACAAACCAUUGGGUAGCUAGGAGAUGUAUUAACCGACGUGAUGUAUUUUUCAAAUUUCUUUCUUUUUCUACUUCCCAGUCACAAUAUCUCGUGUGGGAAAUAAAAUAUUUUUUAAAAUUUAAAAAAAUUAGACAAGUUUAAACUUUGAGAGUAAAAACUAUUUUCUUUUGGCAUAUAUAAAUUUGAAAAAAAAUGGUAUACGAAAAUAUAUGUCUGAACAAGUUGAUAUUAUAUUGUAAAUGAUGACUCUACGUGGCAUCCUAAUCUGAAGAUUUCUGUCUUUGUUGUGGCUUUUUCUCAGAUAUCCUUCUCAUUAAUGAUUUCAGUCUCCUCUAAUCAACUGUCCUUGCUAACCACAUUCUUAUACUUUUUAUAUUCCUGCCCUCUACCAAGCCCUUGGUUAAUUCCAAAAGUCAUGGUUGCUAUGCUUUGUCAGAAUUUCAUGUCCCCUCUAGACUUAUGUCAAUGCCUUACGAACGAUCUUCGUCUUCACAAUUAGCAAUCACACUGAUCAUCCAUGAAAGAGAUCUCUGACUAUCAGAUUGCCAUGAAAGUGAUUAUAAGGAGGCCUCUGAUUAUCAAAACUUAGUGAUAAUGAAGGCAAGGGAAAGUAUUCUCCACUUAUCAACGUGAUUCAAGGGAAAACGUUAAAAAAAUAAAUUCCAUUGGGUGUGAAUAUAUUUGGUCCCUGGUACUGAAGAUCAAUAAUAGAUAUUAACUUUACACACUAUUUGAAUGCUCCCACUGUUCAUCCAGAGGUCAAGGUGCAUGGGACAAAGAAGACAUUUAUUUUUAACUUCUAGUUUAAUUUUAAUUUUAAUUUUAUUUUUUACUCAGUUUGUUGCGAGCUCUGAAUACAUGAUCUCCACGAGAAGAACCAUUGAAAUCAUAUUUACACAUCCUUCUGUUUUCUGAAUCAUCAUUGAUAAGGGCUACACCUGAUUGAUUACAGGAGGAUUCUGUUUGAGAAUUUGACUGUGCAUUAAAGUGUCUUAUGAUUAAUUAUAUUCUCCGUGUCGAGUCGUGUUCAAUGUUAUGCAUCUCAAAUAAGAUUCUUCAAUUGCAUCCCUAGAUGGAUGUUCUCAUAUAUCACCUAUGCAUCCAUGUCUUUCCAGGUUCUACAUCUAGAGUUAUUGUAAUUUUUAUCACAGGCCACGAAUACAUGUGGUGUUGUCUAUGCGUUCUGUCUGCUUAGUGUCUAACACACGGUCUCUCACAGGGCAUUACCGCUGUCCUAAAUUUCCAAAGCGAAAGUGAACGUGCCAAUUGGGGAAUAAAUUCUGAAUCAAUUAAUGAUGCUUGCCGUCGUCAUAACAUUCUCAUGGUUAACUACCCAAUAAGGUAAUGGCCUUAAUCUUUCCGUUUGAUAUGCUAUUUUCAUGUCAGUUAUUCAUGCUCACUGACUUGCCCUUCUUGGAUUAUGUGCAUUGGUAGAACAUGGUUUUUGCACUUGAGAUUUGAAAUUUAUGAACAUUUCAUGUGAAUACAUGUUUUUCAUCUUAUCAACUGUAUUGUUUUACUUUAUCACCCCAUUCUAAGAAUUCGUGAAUAACUAUAAAAUAAUGUUACCUACUUAUUUGCUGUCCUCUAAAAUUAUUUUAUGUUGCCAUAAAACUGAUCACAUCUUGUAGUCCAUAUCCACGAAAAGAUAUUUUACUGUGCAAGCAUUUGCCUUUCAGGGAGGUGGAUUCAAUGGACUUGAGAAAAAAACUUCCCUUCUGUGUUGGGCUCCUCCUCCGACUUCUCAGGAAGAACUUUAGGGUUUUUCUGACGUGUACAACUGGAUUUGAAAGAUCUCCGGCAUGUGUGAUUGCAUACUUACAUUGGAUUCAAGAUACUGCUCUUCAUGCUGCACAUAAUUUUGUCACUGGCUUGCACUCUUGCAGGCCUGACAGGUACGUGGACAUCCAAACCUCUAUUGCUCAAUUCUAACGUAAAAAAUAAUCAUCAGAUGAAAUCACUUCCAUUCAGAAUAUUAGUAUUUACCAUACGUUUGUCAGGAUUUUUGAGGAUGACCAGACGAUUUGGACUGGUGAAAGAGAAUCACAGUUUCUCUUGAAACUGUGCAUUGAGUAAUCUUAAUUAAAUUUAAUAUGGGGAGAAAAUAACGUGCUUUAAAAAAAAUCUUCAGAAACUCUUAUUUUUUAUCUUAAUCUUAUUUACUCUUGAAAAUCAUCAAAACUACCUUCUUCCCUCGUCACAGUUUCUAUUUGCACUUGUGAAUAUUCUCGGUUCUUCUGGUGCAUUAUAUCGUAUUAUUUCGUCUAGAUGUUGGUUUUGAUUCUGUUAAUUUUAACCUUCCCUUGAAUGUUAAUUUUUGUGCCUUCCUCCUUCUCUUAUCUCUUAAAGUGCUUGUUUUUUAUAAAAUAUUUUAUGGCUUUCGUAGAUUAAGACAGUGAUUAGUUUACAUGUUUAUUCUCUGAUACUUGCGAGCACCCCUACUGGAUUGCACCAUUGUACCAUAAACCUGUUCCCUUGGCGACUAAUUGAGGUAAAAGUGAAGUCGCUGUUCAUUUCCCUGCUAUAUAUCACGUUAUCAGGAAUCAUUCUAAAAUUUUCCCUACAAUACAUCCAAGAAAGGUUUUGUGUGACUAUUACCUUUUCAAAUGCCAGAGGUGUACAGUGUUUUGAUGGAUGACUUGAUGCAGGGCAGCAAUAGUCUGGGCAACCUGGGAUCUUAUUGCUAUGGUAGAAAGUGGAAAGCAUGAUGGACCACCUACACAUGUUGUGAGUUUUGUCUGGACCCAUGGGUGUCAAGAGGUAAAAAUGAUCCAUACAUUGAGGAAUCCUUAUCAUCAAUCACUUUUUUGGUAGGUUCAUGUUCUAGAUGGCCAGGUGCACACAUUUCCUGAUAACGUAGCCGUAGUGAAAACUGAAUCAUUAACGCAUCCUUUCUUCUGCUAACUGGGCUAGUGGCAAAACCAUAUGGAAAAGUAGCGGGGAGGAUGGCCAUAAUCAUGACAGCAUUCUACCUUCUUGGAUGUUUCAGGGUGAGGAGGUGCACUUGAUUGGAGAUUUCACCGGAAAUUGGAAAGAAUCUAUGAGACUGGCCCAUAAAGGUGGAUUGAGAUAUGAGGCAGACAUUAGGCUUCGUCAUGGAAAGUAUGUCUCAUUUCUUAACAGUCUCAAAUCCUUCUUUCCUGCUAUCAAUGUUAUUGCCUAUGACACAUCUGUUGGCUUUCUGCCUUGCCAACAGUAGAAGGGCUCCUCGGCCAAAAGUAGGCAUUGACGAGCACUAAAACAUGUUUUUGUUCUCUGUGUUUUGUUUCCAUAUGUAUUAUUAGCAGAUACAUUCUUGGUUGGUAUCUUUGGGUAAAUUUCUCACGCGUGUAAGAUGAACAGAGCUUGUUUGGAAAUCAAUUUUGUGGAGUAUUGAACAACAUUGCAUGAUCCACAAUGUGUUAGUGCGUUCUUUGCCAUCUCCUAUGAGGAGCUACCACACAAUCAGUCAUGCAAGAUAGCAAAAUAGCCACAUGAAGAGCCUUCAUACGAUCAUUCUGAUCCGCAAAUCAUCUCCAAUCGUCGGACAAUCUAUAGCCUUGUUGCCACAACUCAUCGCCUAAAUAUUUAAGAAUCAUUAACCCAAUCCAUAUCCGGGUUGCUAAUUACAAGUGAAUAAUUUCUUAGAAUGUUGAAUUAUAAACUCGAUGAGAAUGUCAUUUCGAGAUUUGGUCCUCAAACUCUUCUAAAUUGUUUUGCCAUCCAUCCCCAGGUAUGGCUACAAGUUUAUUGUUGGUGGGCAGUGGAGACACUCAACAUCAUUACCAACGGAAACUGAUCAAGGGGGAAAUAUUAACAAUGUGAUUCGAAUUGGCGAUACUGCUCGCAUAAGGUUCUUUGGUACUGCUCAGCAGCACAUCAAGGUAAGCAUCGUCCCUCUUGCCUUUCAUUUUCUUGUUUUUCUAGACUAGACCUUGAAUUUUGCCUUCGCUUAUAAUCUACUUAGCCGGACCUCCUUGGCCUGAGCUGUAACCCGAUGGCUAAAAUUGAUUCAAAUGAAGGACAUAUAGUUCAUCAUAAUCUUUCUCGAGAUUAUCAAUGAUUUUUUAAUAAACGUUUUAGGUGGAAAACGGAAGAAUUAUGUCUCCUGCAUUGUCUCUCCAGUUUAUACCUUUUUACGGUCUUAGUUAUAUUUGCUCCUGCGCACUGGAAUAAAUUAAAGAUCAGAUGAAUUGUGUGAAAAAGUGAGCUAUACUUGAGAUGAAAAAUUGAUGUACAUGACGGGGAUCAUUUCUGAUGGCCUUUCGCUUUGGAUGAAAUUCGUAUUCAGUGAGCCCUCUUGACUCCUUAUUUGAAGUUUCUAAGCCAUCACGAACAUGCCAGUAAAAAAACAAGUUGACAAACUAAAUUCAAGGAGACUGAUGGCGAACAGGCAAUAUCUGAAAUGGGAUUACCCGCUGCGCACUACUCGUUUCUCGGGUGUAAAAUAAGGUCUUUUUUUAUUCUUCUAUAAUUGUAUUCUUUAUACGGAAAAUCAAUGAGAUCAUUUUGAUGUAUGACGAGGGAGAUGUUUAUUAGUUUCUGGCAGACCCAGACCCAGAGAAGCGCCUCAAAGCCUUGUCGGUGACAUCUUGUUCCUGAGAAUAUGACACAUUCGAACUAGAAAGAAAAAAUGUCUAUGGAUUUUAUCUCCUGAUUUGUACCGCUCUGCCCAUCAAAAUCCUUGAAUUAAAAUUUCCAAUUUCCGAUCAUUCUGCAGGACCCGACAGUUAUCAAGGUAAUUGAGAGACCAUUGACCGAAGAUGAGCGCUUCAUGUUGGCAUUUGCUGCUCGGCGCAUCGCAUUUGCCAUCUGCCCCAUCACGCUGGCCCCCAAGUAG